AUGACAGAUUCGCUAUUAAACAAUUCUGGUAAUACUUUAGAUAGAAUUGAUAUUCUUCAAGAUUCAACAAAAACAAUAAUACCAGAACAAUAUAUAAUAAUUCUAUUAAGUUUUGCAUAUGGAAUCAUAUCAUUACUUGCUGUUAUUGGUAAUUCAUCAAUUAUAUAUAUUGUAAUACGUAAUCGACGAAUGCAUUCAGUUACAAAUUAUUUUAUAUGUAAUCUAGCUCUUUCGGAUUGUCUUGUAGCUUGUUUUGCAGUUCCAUUUCAAUUUCAAGCUGCAGCUUUACAAAAAUGGAUUUUACCACAUUUUCUUUGUAAAUUAGCACCAUUUGUUCAAAUACUUUCUGUUGAUGUAUCUAUCUAUACAUUAGUAGCUGUUUCUCUAGAUCGUUAUCAUGUAAUGCUUCAUCCAUUGAAACCAAAAUUAUCAACAAAAAGCGCAUUUCUCAUAUUUAUCGUAAUAUGGCUUAUUGCAUUUGGGUCGUCAACGCCUAGCCUAUUUUUUUAUAAUGUCUAUUUGGUCGACGAUUAUGGUUAUCAGUGUUUACCAUAUAUAUAUGAAAAUCAGUCACAUAAUAAUAAUUCAACAACAAAAACAACUUCCUAUGAUAUACAUAAAGUUUACAUUGUUUAUAACAUCUAUUCACAGUAUGUUAUUCCAUUUAUAAUAAUUAGCUGUGCAUAUUUUCGUAUUGGUUCACAUUUAUAUUUUUCUGAGCCAGUUGGACAAACAAAAUACCAAGAAGUUAUUACACGAAACAAGCGGAAAGUAUUAAAAAUGUUAUUUGCUGUUGUCGCAUUAUUUCUUAUUUGUUGGUUUCCAUUACAAUUAUAUAAUUUUCUUAAUGUAUACAAACCUGAAAUAAAUGAUUUUAGACAUAUUAUAGUAUUAUGGUUAUGUGCAAAUUGGCUUGCCAUGUCAAAUUCAUGUCAUAAUCCAUUUAUAUAUGGAUUUUUUAGUGCAAGAUUUAAUCGAGAAUUUCGUAAACUUUAUUCAUGUUUACCAUGUAUUGAUAUUAGUAAAUUAGAAGGAGAAUUAACUGAUGCUCGUACUAAUAUUCUAUCAUUAAAUCAAACACAAUUAAGACGUAUACCCUAUCAACAACAUUCACCAAAUACAUCAUCUCAACAACGUUCUCGUCAAAAUACAACAACAUCAAUCAAUAGCAUACCACCAAUGAGUAGUCAAUCAUCAUCAAUACCAUUAAAUAAUCAUAAUGAAAAACGUCAUCAUUUUUUCUUUUCAAAUCGUCAACCAAAUCGGUUAUUAUCUCUUCAUAAUAAUUAUUAUUACAGUUCAAAAAUCAAUCGAUCUAUAAAUAAUUGUGAAAAAUUUUUACUCGAUCAAGAUUUAACCAAUGCAUCGAAAGAUAAUGAUCUUUUAUUAAUUCAUACAAAUCAAUCAACACAUUUUGUAUAG